GGGAUAAGCUCUUUCCAGAGUAAUAAGCAUGGUUCGAGAACGAAAAUGCAUAUUAUGUCACAUUGUGUACAACUCAAAAAAGGAGAUGGAAGAACACAUGAGAAGCAUGCUUCACCACAGAGAACUCGAAAACCUGAAGGGAAGGGACAGCAACCAUGAAUGCCGGGUGUGCAGGGUGACACUGGUGGGUUUGUCAGCAUAUGCCAAGCACAUCUCCAGCCAGCUGCACAAAGACAAUGUUGAUGCCCAUGACAGAAAAGAGGAAGAGAAAGAAGAGGCAGAAGAAGAAUACCUUGACAAAGAACUCAUUCAACUAAUCAAGCAAAAGAAGGAACGGAACCGGCAAGCUGAACCAAACUGUGCAAACCAAGAAUUAGAAUGUGAUGAUAGGAGAUCACAGAGAAGGCGAGAAGAAAGAGCUACUUACAAAGAAAGAGAAGCUUAUGAUCAGUCAUCAUGGCAUCAUCAUAAUGCAUCACAAAGGGACUGGAAGUGGGAAAAGGAUGAUUAUAUUAGUCCUAGACAAGGCAAAUUUUCACACUCUCAGAGGAACCUUAAUAUAAACAGACAUUCAAGUGGCCCAAGGGGACGCUCUGGGUGGCACCAAAAUGUUUCAGGAAGCUCUUCAAAUAGGCAUAACUAUGGGAAUUCUGGAAAUGUUUGGCAUCCAAGUGGGCGAGGAGGAGGAACAUCAAACUGGCAUCACAGUGCUAGGGAGAGAAAUUCUACUUGGCACUCGGAAGGAACAGGUCAUUUUUCUAGCUGGAAUUCCAAGAGUUAUGGAGGAAACUGGAAAUCUAGUCCUCAUGGUGCAAAUGGCUGGAAUUUUGGCAGCUCAGGAGAUACAUAUUCGGUAGAGCCAAUUAAAUAUAAUAAGGAAAGAUAUGCAUGGCAGCGGCAGGAGAAAGACAUUGAUGUUCCGCCAUACAGAGAUCGAAAAAAUAGGAGCGACUUGCUUGAUUUUACUAGUGAUAAACUUGCUUCUGAGGGGGCAUUGGAUUUUGGUACGCCAAAACAACCAGAAAGCAAAACUUCAAGAGCCACUGGAAAAAGUGGCAGUCCUUCCAGAGAUAAAAUGUAUCGCUGGAGUCCCUACCCAUCCCAGAAAGCUGCAGAGCAGCAGCCACGGUCUGAAGAUAAUGUUUCUAAAACUCCAGAUAAAAUGGAUCCUGUAUUUAUGCCUCUUACUGAUUCAUCAAUGAAAGGAAAAACUUGUGAAGCCAAUGUUAGCCUUUCAAAACUUAAAAAACGGGAAGCAUCUUCCCCUUCUAAUGUAACCUCAGAUGACCUUGAUUCUUGCAAGGUAAUGAAAGACUGUUCCAGUGGUGAAAAGCCUGACAAAGAUGAUGGCAGAAGUAAUAGGAUGCCGUCACUGAAAUCCCCUCUUCUUAAUAUCACAGAUAUGAAGUUAUCUUCCCCAAAGCAAGACAGAAACAGUCUCUUAAAAAAUGUCAAGCUUCUGUUAUCCUCAGCUAGUGGCGAAGAGCAGAAUCAUUUGAAUACACUGAACUUGGAAGCCAACAGUUUCUCAUCGAAGCUGCAUGGUGCAUGUGCUGGUAACUUACAAGACAACAAAGAUGUGCUUGGUAGCAAUCUUGGAGAGCCUGUUAAUAACUUAAGUGAAGCAGAACAAAACCCCAAAGAUGUUCAGUCCAGCCAUUCCUUGCAAAAUGCUCCCCUAAGCUCUUGCAAGGAUACAAGUGACCAGAAGAGGGAAGAAACUGGGAAAGCAUUGCCAAAGAACGAGUUCAGACUAGAUUCAUUAGAAGAUGUGAGCGAUGAUGAUUUAAUGGGAAGUGAGAAGUCAGAAGCAAGAGUUGAAAAGCUGGGUUCUUCUGUUAGUUCUUGUUUACCCUGUGACACUCCAGAAGGUAAACCUGCCACCUCUGAAAAGGAAGAUGAUGAAAAGCCAGCUGCUUCAAGUAUUCCUCCUGCUGAUCUAAAAGAUUCUACGUUUCAGAUGGAAUCCACGGUUUCUCCAUCAAGUGGUCAGGACCAUUUGCAUGUGGAUUUGAAAACCUCCUCACAGGAUGGAGAAGGGGAUGAAGAGCGUGUCAAGUCACAUGAUCACUUUGAAAUGGAAGGUUUUGAAAAUCCUUCGGAUCAUGAGCUGCAAAAAGGAGGAAGCCAGUCACUAGGCCUCCUUCUUCCUGAUUUAAGUAAACUUGGCCUCCCUGCCUCUCUGCAAAGAGACCUGACACGACAUAUUAGUCUGAAGAGCAAAGUCGGGACACAUCUUCCAGAGCCCAAUCUCAAUAACGCACGGCGCAUUCGGAAUGUGAGUGGCCAUCGGAGAAGUGAGACUGAGAAGGAGUCCGGGCUUAAACCCACCCUCAGGCAGAUUCUUAGUGCUUCCCGGCGAAAUGUAAACUGGGAUCAAGUCAUCCAGCAGGUAACCAAGAAGAAACAGGAACUUGGCAAAGGUUUACCAAGGUUUGGCAUAGAAAUGGUGCCUCUUGUUCAAAAUGAGCAAGAGGGUCUAGAACUCGGUGAAGAAUCUGAUCUGCCUACUCUGGAAGGAUUCCAGUGGGAAGGGAUUUCCUUAGCAGUGCCUGGCUCAGCCAGAAAACGUAGCUUUUCUGAAAGCAGUGUCAUUGCAGACAGAAAUCCUUCUGCUUAUAGCUUCUUCAGUGAACAAGCCAAAAUAAAAGAAAGUGGGCAAAGGCAAAUAAUUGCAGCCAGCCACUCACAUCACAUAACAUCUGGGUAUGAGGCAAGCGCUGACAUUGAGGCUGACUUGCAACGGGAGACAUCGUCUCUUCCUUUGUCACCAUUUCUGUCUGAAAGAACUGAGACUAGUGGAAGGAGACACAGCCUACAGGCCACCUCUGAGGUCACAGGCCUCACAAAACAAGACCAGGAGAGCCCAGAGAAGAGAACACCUCUUCUUGAAAAACAAAAUGUACUAGAAAUCUCAGAAGAAAAUCGACCAGCUUCAAAUAAUGCUUCACUUCUUGCAGCAUCUAAUAACAUAGAUGCAGCUACAGACAGUAGCUGCACGUCUGGUACUGAGCAGAAUGACAGCCAAGGAAUUGGAAAGAAACGAAGAGCAACUGGAGAGGGAUCUUCUCCUGAAAUCCCUAGUCUAGAGAGAAAGAAUAAGAGAAGAAAAAUCAAAGGGAAAAAAGAACGUUCUCAGGUAGACCAGUUGUUGGCUAUUUCGCUGAGGGAAGAAGAGUUAAGCAAGUCCCUGCAUAGUGUGGACAGCAGUCUCUUGCAGGCUAGGGCUGCCCUGCAGGCUGCAUAUGUUGAGGUUCAACGGUUCCUUGUAUUAAAGCAACAGAUAACCAUGGAAAUGAGUACAUUAAGAAGUCAGAGAAUCCAGAUCUUGCAGGGGCUACAAGAAACAUAUGAACCUUCAGAACUGUCAGAGCAACUUUCCUGCAGUGUCUUAAGUGAGAGAAGAAAUAGCAAAUCUCAGAUGGCAGGUGACUUAAUUCCUGCAGGCUCCUUCCUGCCCCUUUUGGACACUUUAUCGUCUUCUGUACCUCCACUGGGAGCUUCUGUUCAUGUAAACAUGCCGUCACCAUUCCAGUCUCCUGGCAUCACACCCACCGCUCCUCCUGACUCCUCAGUACAAGUUAAACGAGAACCUCUGUCUCCAAAAGGCUCAGAAGAAAAUGUGAAUUCUGUACACCAGAGCUCUCCUUGUGCUUCACAAGCAGAAGAGGUGGAGCAGAAGGAUGAGGAGACCAACCAGAAAACUUCAGUGUAUCCAGUUAUCUCUGCAACCAUAUCCCUAUCAGAGCUAGCAGCUUGUUUCCAACACGCUAAUCAAGAUGUUCACAAGCCUGCUGCGGACAGGGGGAAGGCUGGACUUCCUGAGAACCCUUCUCAUUCUCUGUCUGUUUUCAGCAAGAGAGAAGCAAAUGAUACAGUGACUGAAAGCUUUUUACUGGAUCAGUGUAGCACAUCUCUUCCAAAGCAUUCAGUCCUUCUAGAAAUGCCAAUGGAUAAAACUCCCAAAUUGUCAUCAGAACCGUCCGAGCAACAGACAGCAACCACUGUAGUCCCAGCAGAAAAAGGGAACAGGAGGAGGAGAAAGUUAAGGAAGAAGAAAACUCUGAGGGCAGCCCACGUGCCAGAGAACAGCGAUACAGAACAGGAUAUAAUUGACUCUAAGCCUGUCCGGAAGGUCAAGGGUGGAAGGGUUCCUAAAGGAGAAAAAGUUACGACAUCCACUCCUCCAAGACAGGAGGAUGGAGCUACUGCUCAAACAGCAAGAAACAAAGAUGAGAAUGACAGUGAUGCUUCUCUGGAACUAGUGGAAGUUCCAGCAGCCCAGUGUGAGGUGGUUGAUGUUGGUUCAUCAGAGUCAGGAGACGAGAAACCAGACAGUCCAUCAAAGAGGGAUUCACGCAGCUCUGUGGAUCAAGCAGUCAUAGAGGCGUCUUGCUCUGGUUAUGAUGAAGUGAGCUCUACCAGUGAGAUUGGCACAAAUUAUAAGGAUGAUGGGAAAAGAAGUGUGGCUGAGACGCAGACUUCCAUAUCAUCACUUAGAGGAUCAAAGAACUCAUCAGAAGUGUCUUCGGAGCCAGGUGAGGAUGAAGAACCUACAGAGGGAAACUUUGAGGGACACCUGGCUGCAGUGAAUGCUAUUCAGAUUUUUGGGAAUUUGUUAUAUACCUGCUCAGCAGACAAAACUGUUUGUGCCUACAAUUUGGUUAGCAGGAAGUGUGUGGCCAUCUUUGAAGGACAUACUUCAAAAGUGAACUGCCUCCUGGUCACUCAGACAAAUGGGAAGAAUGCUGCACUCUACACUGGCUCAAGCGACCACACUAUCAACUGUUACAAUAUCAAGACCAGAGAGUGCAUGGAACAGUUUAAACUGGAAGAUCGAGUGCUCUGUUUACACAGUAGAUGGCGAAUCCUUUAUGCAGGCCUUGCAAAUGGCAGUGUGGUUACUUUCAGCAUAAAGAACAACAAACAGGUUGAUACCUUUGAAUGCCAUGGCCCUAGAGCAGUGAGCUGUCUCGCCACAGCUCAGGAAGGAGCACGCAAGUUGUUGGUAGUGGGCUCCUACGACUGCACCAUCAGCGUGCGAGAUGCACGGAACGGGCUGCUUCUCAGGACCCUGGAAGGUCACAGCAAGACUAUACUCUGCAUGAAGGUUGUGAAUGAUCUGGUAUUCAGUGGCUCCAGUGAUCAGUCUGUCCAUGCCCACAACAUUCAUACUGGAGAGCUGGUGCGGAUCUAUAAAGGCCAUAACCAUGCAGUAACGGUUGUGAACAUUCUUGGGAAAGUGAUGGUGACAGCAUGUCUGGAUAAAUUUGUUCGUGUUUAUGAAUUACAGUCACACGACCGCUUGCAAGUCUAUGGAGGCCACACAGAUAUGAUCAUGUGUAUGACCAUCCAUAAGAGCAUGAUCUACACUGGAUGCUAUGAUGGCAGUGUCAGAGCUGUGAGGCUUAAUCUGAUGCAGAAUUAUCGUUGCUGGUGGCACGGAUGUUCAUUGAUCUUUGGAGUUGUGGACCAUCUGAAACAACACUUGCUAACUGACCACACCAACCCAAAUUUUCAGACCCUAAAAUGUCGUUGGAAGAACUGUGAUGCUUUCUUUACUUCCAGGAAAGGUUCCAAGCAGGAUGCUGUAGGACACAUUGAAAGACAUGCUGAGGAUGACAGCAGGAUUGACUCAUGAAGCUUUUCACCUCCCACAUUGGGAAGUAAUUUUAUAUGUCAGAAUUAUUCCAAAUAACACCAGUUUCUUACUCCAGUCUUUCCUUUCUUUUCCCACGUGGAAUGCAGAAAUGGAGUGGGGCUGAAAUGCCUUGCUACAGAGACUGCAGGUUGUGUUGCACUCUGUAGAAAUAAGGCUGGUCAGUUAAGACUUAGCCCAAAUGGAAGAUUCUUGCAAGUUUUUAAUUCACUGACAGAUAAGAAUAUUCCCUCCUCUUGUCUGCCUUGUUUUUUUGUUGUUUGUUUUU